UGAUCAAUGUUUACUUGCACAAGCAAACAGAGUUGAAGUGCAACGCAAGUUUGAAAUUGGAUUCCAGGAUUAAUAAACCCUCCAAAAACCCCACAAGAACAACAGAGAAACCCUUUGUUACUUCCAGGCUCAUCAAUCAACCCAUCCCAAAAAAAAAAAAAAAGAAGAAGAAAAUGGAACCUUCUCAUUCUCAAAUGGAAACCCCUCCUUUGUCUUCUAAGGAAUCCCGCAUUAACCGCUACAAGCCCAUUUGGCGCAUUCUCUUGAUUUCCAAUCUCGCUCUUGGAGGGAUGCUCUAUGAAGUGAGAGGGGCAAGUGAUCUAGCUUACAUGUUUGCAAAGGCAAGAAAGAAGAAUUCAAGCAUUGUGGAUAACAAACCUGCUAAAAUAGAGAUGGAGCCGGACAAGAGUAAAACUGAAGCAGAUGUUUCUUCUGCUCCAUUGACACCUACCCCAGUUUAUGAGGAACCACCAAUCUUUCCGGUUGUUGCAACACCACCGAAGAUAUUGGAGCCUAUACCUGAAGAUCAGCAGCGUGAACUUUUUGAGUGGAUAUUGGAAGAGAAAAGAAAAGUCAAGCCUAAGGAUCCUGAAGAAAGAAAAAGAAUUGAUGAAGAGAAGGCCAUUCUCAAGCAGUUUAUUCGUGCCAAAUCUAUGCCUAGAAUUUGACUGGGGCCUCUCCUCCUAUUGACAAAUUGUUGUUGUAAUGAAGAACAAGUCACUGUUAAGUGUGGUUUUGAAAAAUCGCAUACCAAAGAUGGGCUUUUGGUUUUUGUUGCCCAUCUCUUAUGAGAUUGGAUAUUAAGAACUUGUAUUAGAUUUAACUGCAGUACUCACUGGUCUAAGACAUUCAUCACGUCUGCUUCCUCCCAAACUAAUUGAAUCUUCUCGA